AUGCGACAGUGCAGCAGCCACAACGCUGGAGGUGUUCGCAAGCUACUGCUCUGCCUGCAGGCCCGGGCAGGUGUCGUGUGCAGGUUUUAUGCGGUGCUGGAGGCAUCUAUGGCUCUGCACCGUCGGGAGGACGCAUGCCUGGUCUCGAAAAUCUUGAAGACGGCGCCGCUGCCUGUGGCCAGCGAUGAGCCGAGGCCUGCGGCCACGGCCGAGGCGAUCUACGAGGCGUUCACGGCCCAUUUUCCGGCAGACCCCAAUGGCUUGUGCAACGAUGAUGCAGACAUCAUCAGCUUAGCCAGGACUCCUCCACUCGUUUUCUGGGUCUUCGGCCAAUGUGACGUCUCAGGCGACUACAAGACGGAAGUCUGCCGACGGCUGGCACAGAAGCUGAAGCUGCAGUGGCUUCAGCCCACCUAUGUCCUCGAGUUGGCGGUGCGGACACCCCUAGGCCAGCGCUCGGCCCUGGCAAAGCGCUGCGUCGAGCAGCUGCAGCGAGGUAUGACGGUGCAGAUCGGGGAUGCCCUGAGGCUGACGCUCGAAACGAUGUCCUCGGCACUCUGCAAGGCGAAUGGCUACAUCCUGGACUUCCCCGCGGUCGGGGCGGAGGAAGUGCAGGAGGUCUCUGAAUUCUUCGAGAAGGUGAAGUCACUCUCCAGCGCGCCAGAGGUGCCGCUGGAGGACAUUCUGAAGGACGAGGUGGUGUUGGAGCCUUUGGCUCCCGAGCCGGAGCCUCCGAAGCCCCCUGCGGAGGAGGUGGAAGGAGAAGGAGGUGACCCGGAUGCUGCUCCUGAAGGUGCCGAGGCGGAGGGCGAAGAGGAAGGCCGCGCCAACGAGGAGGCCCCGGCUGAGACGCCGCCGGAGGACAUCGAGGCGGCGGGAGGCGAGGCCGCUCCCGAAGGAGGCACUGGAGAGGCGGCGCCGGAGGAAGUGCAGGAGCCGCCCCCACCGCCACCGCCUCCACCCCCGGUGGCGAACCCUUGGGCAAAUGCGCUGCCCAGGCGUUUCGUCGUGCUGUCAAUGGAGAGUGAGGAAGUCGGAGCCUGGCGCCUUCAGACGCUGAAGCUGAAGCACGAGGAGAAGGCACGCCUGCGCCAGGAGCUGGAAGACGCGGGCGAGGAGGUACCGGAGGAGGAGGAAGAAGUGGAAGAAGAGCUCCCGCAGAUCCCGGAAGAAGAGGAGGAGCAGCAGGCCCUCUUCGGCAAGAUGGCUGGCGAUGCUCUCAGGACCAUGGAGCCGUUCUACCCGCCCCCACCGCUGGAGCCAGCCACGACGUCUGUCCAGGUCACCCAACGGCUGGCCCCACUGCCGGACGAGUCGCAGCAGGAGGAGAACGAAACAGUAGAUAGAGAGGCACUGAAGCAGGGCGAGGCAGAGUGCAUCCAGGCACUGCGGAAGAAUUGCCCACUUCCGCUUCUGUCCCUGCGUGUGGACGGCCGACCCCCGACCGAGGCUGCAGAGCUCUUAGAGGUGACGACAGGUCCCUCCAGUGGCCUGUGCGUGCCCUUGCCGACACAGAUCGAAGGCGCAGGGGAUGAGCCCAAGGAGCUGCUGCGGCUGAACCUGGAGGAUCGGCAGUCAAGCCGGCGCUGGUCUCCGUGGAGGCUCCACUGCCCGGUUUCACUGCACGAGAAGCGGCUGACUCCGGGGAGCAGCGAGUUUGCCGUGGACUACUCAGGCUACGUCUUCCUCUGCGCGGGCGAGGAGCAGAUGAGGCGCUUUUGCCAGUGGCCUAAGCGCUUCCUGAUCGAGGCUCCUCGGAUCAAUGCCCCAGGCCUCGCGCUGGGCUUUGGGCUCCUGGGCCCAUGCGGCUACCGCGUGGCAGAGCUGGCAAAGCGGGCACAAGGCAGCUACGACUUUGACAUCGUGGACCUGGUGUCGCUCCUCGAGCGGGCCAUGAAGCAGCCGCCAAUGCCAGAGCCCCCAUUCCCUCAGGGGGAGGACGAGGCCGAGUUGCCUCCAAUGCCGGCACCCGGAGAGCCUUACCUGUCGCUUGCAGAGCGCACGGAGGCCCUCCAAGGCAAGCCCUUGGGUUUGGGCACGUGUCUAAGACUCAUCGGCUGGGCGCUGGGCAUUGAGAAGAAUAUCUCCCUGAUCCAGGAACAGGCGCGAGCGUUGGAGGAAGCGAAGAAGGUCCUGGAGGAGGCGCAGGCGGCUGGCAACGACCCGCCCGAAGACAUCACGCUGGACGAUGAAGGCCAACCGGUGAUAGCCCUCAGCGAGCCGCUGCACAAGCCCUCCAAAGGCUUUAUCCUGCAGGGAUUUCCCGAGUCGGUGGAGCAGUGUGAAGCUCUGGAGAAGCAGCUGGGCCUGACCUUGGAGCAGGUCUUGGUGUUGAAGCCCGGGGGCGAGGAGGCGCCCGACGUGGCCGAAACUCUGACCAAGCAAGGCUACGCCAGCAGGCUGCCGCUCCAGCCGAUCUUGGAAUCGCAGCUAGCCAACUUCGAGGCGCUGGCGGGCGUGGAGGGCCUACGCCUGGCGGAGGUGGCAUUGGAAGCCUCUGAGGAGGAGCAGUUCGUGCAAAUCCGCAAGCACGUCGAUCCCUUCUACGAAGUGGCCGAGGACGCCGCGAUGGCCGCCGAGAUACCGGAUCCCGACGAGUGGGUGCCCGAAGAGGUGGACCCGGAGGUUGAGGCGGAGCCUCAGGAGCCACCAGUCAUACCCUGGGGCAGCUGUGGCUCCUACUGUCCGGUCACCCUCAAGGAGCAGCGUUGGCUCUAUCCUGGCCAGAAGGAUUUUCAGCACGUCUACCGCAACUACGUCUUCGCUUUGGGCUCGGAGGCCGCCAGCGAGGCAUUCCUGCGGGAGCCCGUUCGCUACGUGCCGGUGGCGGAGGAACCUGUUCUGCCACCACCGCGGGUGAUGAUCACCGGGCCGACCGGAGCGGGCGUUGCCAAGCAGUGUGAGCUGCUGAGCCAGGUCUACAGGAUCCCAGUGCUCAAGCUUGAAGAGAUUUGGAGGGCCAAGACCCGAGAGCGCCUGGACAAGGUUCUUGAGGCCAAGCGUGCGGCCGCCAAGAAGGAGGCGCUGCAGCAGCCCAUGGUGGAGGUGCUGGGCGCGCCUCUGGCGGUGCGAAAGCUGAACGGCGAAAUGAUCUGCCAAGUUCAUGCGGACAUUUCUGCACCCGAAGAGCAGCUGAAAGGAGAGGUUGGGAUGGCCACCCGCAUCCCUGAGAUGUUCUUCAGCCUCGUGAAGAAUGAUGAUGGCUUGACCAUCGUCCUGGACAGCGAUCGGCCUUGGGACAAGCUCUUCGUGGAUGCAUGCACCUUCGGUGAUGUGCCGCUGAUUCAGUCGACCCUGCCGCUUCUCCAAACGACCCUGUGCGAGCAGAAGCAAGGCCUCCUUCUUGCCAUCCUCAAGAAGUGGACUCGCGUCGUCGAGCUGCUCCUCGAGAAAGGAGUGAGCCCGAACAUGGAGUUGAAUGAUGGCGGAGGACUGAGGCCAUUGCACCUCUGCGCGCGAUCGGGGGAUGCCGAUACACUUGGCGUGCUCCUACGUGGCAAGGCAGAUGUACAUGCAGCCAAUGAGGACGGAGACCGUGCUCUUCACUUCGCUGCCUGCCGAAAAGACAGCGACUUCGUGGCGAUGCUGCUGUCAGCAGGAGCAGAUCCCGCAGCAAAGAACUGCAUGGGCGAAACUGCCAUCGACAAUGCCUGGAACCAGGAUGUUCUGCAGACCCUGCAGAUGGACCACGAGAGUCUCGAGGCGCAGAUGCGAGUGCGAGAGCAGCAGCGACAGCAGCAGAAGCAGCAAGCCGCGCUGAAUGCCGACCUCUUGCCCCAGGUGCCAUCAGGAAGCCCCGAUUGGCUGGGCUCCUCGCGCCAGGAACUGAAGAAGAAGCAGAAUGCAGUGCAGGAAGCUGGGCAAGUUUCGUCGUGCCCUGUCGGCGAACUGCAAGUGACCACGCUGCUGAAUGACAACUCGCGGUUGCAUACGGACUCACAGAACUUCGGCCCCCGGAAGACCCGGGAAGUGUCCGCAGAUGGCAACGUCAACUUCCCCGAGGGCUGGGUCCCCCCGGAAGAGAAGCCGCCUGGAGAAGACGAGGAGGAGCCCGCGGACGAUGCACCGGUGGAGGAGGAGCCUGAGGACGACGGCCUCGACGAUGAGCAGCGCGAGGAGCUGUUCGUCCAGGCGAUGAAGGAUGCCUUUGGACCUCACUGUGGCGCCUGCAUCGUUGACGGCACUUGGUUUGGGGACCUCGAGCAAGAGGAGAUGUCGGACGAAGUGAGGACGGCACGAUCUCUUCAGAACCUACUGACCAAGGCACAGCGGAUUCCCGACCUGACCGUGAUCCUGAAGUGCAAGCACGACCUGGCGGCCAAGAACACCUUUGACUUCGAAGCUGUUGAUCGCGACUACCAGGAGCGGCUGGCUGCGUACAAGGCGGAGGCGCGAAGGGGCUAA